GUAACAAUAAAUAUUUAACUAUAUUAUGCUUCAUAAUGCGGGAUUAUAUUCUCUACUCUAUCUCUGUCGAAAGUGAGCUUGUCGUUGAAGAUGAAGCUUGAAUUGUGUGCCUUUAGUGGGUAUAAAAUUUACCCUGGACAUGGAAAGCGUAUGGUCAAGUCGGAUGGAAAGGUCUACCAGUUUUUAAAUGCAAAAUGUGAAGCAUCCCACAUGAUGAAGCGUAACCCUCGAGAGAUAACCUGGACAGUGUUGUAUAGGCGUAAACAUAAGAAGGGAUUAGAAGAGGAGGCAACCAAAAAGAGAACCCGUCGAACAACCAAGUUCCAGAGGGCUAUUGUUGGUGCCAGCUUGAAUGACAUCAUGGCUAAACGUAACAUGAAACCAGAAGUGAGGAAAGCUCAAAGAGAACAAGCUAUUAGAGCUGCAAAAGAAAAGCAAAAGGCUGAAAAAGCUCAAAAGAAGACAACUGCACCUCAAAAGACUCAGAAGAUGGCCUCUAAACAAAAAGCUGCAAAACCAGUCCAGGUUAAGGCCCCUCGUGUUGGUGGAAAACGCUAGUUCUGUAUCUUGAGGAAAAUAAAUAGAUAACCCUCCCAAAA